AUGGAAGAGAUCCUCGUGACCGUCGUCCGCGCCGAGAACAUCCUCGGGACGGACGGCUUUGGCGCCAACAAGACGUCCGACCCGUAUGUCGUCAUCACGUUCAUGAACAGCAACUACGAGCUCAUCCGCAGCCGCGACAAGCGGACGGGCCAGGUCAUGCGCACGGUCAACCCGGUCUGGAACGAGACGUUCCUCCUCGGCGACGACGUGGACGUGCGCACGGUCUCGUACGUCUCGUUCUCGCUCUUUGAUAAGAACAUGCUCCGCGACGUCCCGCUCGGCCAAGUCAACCUCGCCAUGCAGGACAUUCGCACCAACCUUGGCAACGGCCCGAUCAGCCGAGGGUACCGCGUGCAGCCCGUCGACCGCAUGAAAGGGCCCGCGACAGGCGAUCUGUAUCUCAAGUUUGAGACCAACCUGCGGCGCGGGUCCGGGCCGUCGCUCAGCGCGACGGCGCGGUCGGCCCGCGAGAUGAGCAGCCGCAGCGAGUCCGUCGACUCGGUCGCGAGCUACGAGCUGCAAACGCCGCCCAACGUCCUCAUCGUCAAGAUUGAGAGUGCGAAAGACCUCCCGAGUGUCGACAGCAACGGCGCCAGCGACCCAUUUGUGCGCGUGACGGUCGGCAACGACGUGCGCAAGACGUCGACCAAGUUGAAGACGCUCACACCGGUGUGGAACGAGACGUUUGAGAUUCCAGUCUCGGCGCUUGGCACCGACAUCCUCUUUGAGGUCUGCGACCAAGACAAGAUCGUCGGCGACCUCCUCACGUCCACCAACUUUUUGGGGAAAGCGCGCUUCUCGCUCGACACGCUCACCGACGGGCAGAAGCGGUCGGUGCCGAUCCAGCUGCUCAACAAAAAAUUCAAAAACAAGCGCAACCUCGGCACGCUCAACGUGAGCCUCCAGUGGGUCUACAAGGCCAACAUCGACGACAUUAUCGACGCCAACAGCCGGCGCAAGGUCAACCUCCUCGACAAGGUCAAAAAUGUGGUCACCGGCAACUUGACGCCCGACAUGUACGACCUCGACGAGAAGGAAGACUCGGACCACGUCAAACAAGUGCCCAAAAAGACAGACGAGGAGCUUCAGAAAGAGCGCGCCGACCGCGAGCGCGCGCGGGAGGCCGAGCGCAAGGCGCUCGAAGCCAUCAACAUCAAGUCGGGCGACUACUCGGUGCAAGUGCAUGUGAUUGAAGCCAGCGACUUGGUGGCAAAAGACGCCUCGGGCACGUCGGACCCGGUGGUCUUUGUGCACGUGAUGGACCAGGUCCAGCACACGGCGACGAAGAAGAAGGCGCUCUCGGCGGUCUGGGACGACACGCUGAUUUUCAACUUUCGCAAUCUGGACAAGGACACGGUCGAGAUGGGCUCGAUCAAGCUCCGGGUCAUGGACGCCAACACGCUCUCGCGCGCCGAGCUCAUCGGCGAGGCGCAAUUUGACGUCUCGUUCAUUUACUCGAACCUCAACCACCAAAUCUGCAACCAAUGGCUGGCGCUCAUUGCGCCGCGCAAGGGCAUCCAGGGCUACCUCCGCGUCUCGAUCACGAUCACGGGACCUGGUGACAAGUUUGUGCACCCGCCGCCGCUGGGCCCGAGCCAAGCGGGCGUCGACGGCGUUAUUGUGCCGCCAAGUAUCAAGCAAGAUAUCAAGUUCCUCGUCGCAACCGUCCACGUCGGCGAGCAUCUCCCGCCCAUGGACUCGCUCUUCAAGGGGCUCCGGCAAGGCAUUGACGCGUACGUCGAGGUCGGUCUCGGCUCGAACGCAUCGAUCCGGACGCGCAUCAAGUCGCUGAGUGGUGCGCGCCAUCUUCUCAACCCAGCCUUCAACGACGAGCUCUGGCUCGCGAUGCGGGAGCCGAGCUUGAGCAACAAGAUCACGAUCGCGACCAAGGCGUGGGACAAGGUCGGCGUCGACCAGCUCGUCGCGACGUCGUACCAGUCGCUCCGGUACAUCAAAAGCGUCGGUGGGUCCAUCGCGCCGACGUGGAUCAACCUCUAUGGGGCGCCGCUGGACCAUGCGAAAGGCAACCUCCUCCAUGGCGUCGAGACGGUCAAGGACCAAAUGGCGCUGUACCCGGACCUGGGGUCGUUCUACCGCGGUCGGAUCCUCGUGCCGUUUGACAUUCGCGUCAACAAAGACCUUGACGAAGCCAACAUGCGCGUCAAGGCCGCGCCGCUUCCGCGCGAGCUGUACCCGCCGACCGCGGUCUACCGGCUCCGCGCGUACGUCGGGUCGGGCUCGGACAUUCCGCAGCUGGCGUCGCUCGCCCACGGUGCGUACCGCAACUCGAAGAUGCAGAUUGUGAUCACGUGCGGCUCGAUGGAGCUCAACUUUGAACGACGCGAAAACAACAAGGGCAUCGUCGUGUGGAACCAACUCGCCGAGACGGACAACUUUGUGUUUCCAGAAGACUUGGACCAGAUCCCAGAUGUGUUUGUGUACCUGUGCAAGGGCCGUGUCGACGGCAAGCUCAGCGUGCGCAAGCAAGUCGCGUUCAAGCGCUUCUCGGCGCGCCACCUCUUUGAGAAAAACAUGAUUGCCGACCCCGAGUGGAUUGCGCUCAAGGAAGACAACUCGGUCGACGCGCUCGGCGACGAGAUCUUUCCUGGCAACGUCUUUCUCUCGCUGGGCUUUGGCACGGAAUCGACAGCGAUGCAGACCAGAGCCUUGUGGAACUCGGUCUUUGACACGCGCAAGCUCGACACGCGCCUCAAGUACCAAGUCCAAGUCAACAUCUUCCAGGGCCGCCAGCUGCCAGCGAUGGAUUCGAACGGGCUCUGCGACCCGUAUGUGAAGGUGCGCCUGUGUGGCCUCGAGACCAAGAUCAAGCCGCGCCACCGGACCGUCAACCCGCUCUGGUACGAAACCGUGUGCUUUGAAGUCGAGCUGCCACCGGUGGACAUGCUGCACUUUGCGCCGCCCGUGACGUUGCGCGUAAAGGACCAAGACGAAACGAUUGCGGGCUCGUCGAGCGAGUACAUUGGGUCGGCGUUCGUACCGAUCUCGAGCAACAACGUGCGCCAUGUCAACGACGCGCACGAGCCGCCAGUGCCCGAGUGGUUCCCGCUCAUGCAGCAAGAGGAAGGCGACACGGAAGGCUUCAUCUUGACGAGCGUCAUCGUCGUCCGGAAGGAUCGGCCAGACAUGAUCUUUCCGGUGCCGCGCCCGAUCGUCCCGAAGAUGCGCAAGGCAUACCUCGAGAUCAUCGUGCUCGGACUCCGCGACAUGAAGCCGUUCCAGUUCAUGCCGAUGCAGCUGCCGUUCAUUGAGUUUACGCUCGGUGGCGCGAAAGCGCUCCAGGGUGGCGAGGAGCUCGUGACCGAGCGCUCGAAGCGGCCGUCGGCGGCCAACCCCAACUACCUCCACCGUAUCGUGCAAGAAGUAGAGCUCCCGGAAGACCCGUUGUUUGCGCCCGUGCUUGGCGUGCUCGUCAAGGACACGCGGCUUGGCGGCUGGACGACUCCGACGGUCGGCAACUGCUCGAUCGACAUGACGUCCAAACUGCCGUGGGGCAAAGGCUACUUGCCGCCGCAGCGGAUGGACUUUCGCCACGUCGAGGGGAUUCGCAAAGGCACGCUGCACCACGACGACGCGCCGACGUCGCUCGAGUCGGCACCCCGUGUCGAGCGCAAGGUCUCGUCGUUUGUCGACAGCGGCGCGGGCUUGCUGCCGGCGCUCAAGACGCCACUGCCAGUGCUGCCAACCUCGAUUGGGGACGACUUGGCCGAGCGUGAGUUUACUGCGUUCAUAGAGGACGAAGCGUCUGACGACGCGUUCGAGACGAAGCGCAAGGUGUACAUGAAAGACCGUGAAGAGAUCAACGACGGCCUCGAAGCCCUCUUGAGCACCAAGCCGUUUGAGACGUAUGCACUCACGAUCGGCCAAAAGAAGAAGCGAUCGCGGCUGCUCUCGCUCCUCAACCCGCUCAAGUACGGCACCAAGCAGCCGCGCAUGCACGAUACCCACCACCACCACUUGCACCACGACGACGCGACGUUCAACAUUGCGGGCAUCUUCAAGGGCCUCGUGCGCGUCAUGCUCUCGGAAGACGAGCCGUCGCUCAUCGACAUGGAGCGGCUCGAGACGCCGAUGCCCUACCACGUGCGCGUCUACGUCCUCAACGGGUAUGGCUUUGCGCCGAUGGAGUCUGGGAUCCGCGGGAAGCCGACCAAGUCGGACCCGUACCUCAAGCUCACGCUCGGCAAGGACGGCAUCAACGACCGGAAAAACUACGUCGAGGACACGGUGGACCCUGACUUUUACAAGAUGUUUGAGUUUCACUGCUCGUUUCCGGGCGCGUCGACCUUGCACAUUGACGCGCUGGACCACGACCUCCUUCGCCCGGACGGUCUCAUUGGCGCGACGACCAUUGAUCUCGAAGAUCGGUUCUUUGACAAGCACUGGCACGCACUGGGCGAGGCGUUCGAGACACCCGACCGGCUCGCGCCCAAGCCGGUCGAGGAGCGCACGCUGUAUGUGCCGACGUCGCGCGCACCCAUGGGCCACCUGCACCUCUGGGUCGACAUUCUGUCGCCGCAUGACGCGUCCGUGUACACGCCCGACGACAUUGCGCUGCCGCCGCCGCGCGAGUUUGAGCUCCGCGUGAUCAUUUGGAAGACGAAGGAGGUGCCGAGCUUCAACGACUGGACGGAAAUGAACGAUCUCUUUGUGCGCUGCGAGCUCGACGGCGACGACCACCAGGACACGGACAUCCAUUGGCGCGCCAAGAAGGGCAAGGCAGCGUUCAACUACCGUAUGAAGUUCCCGGUCAAGCUCGGGCACAAGAUGCACAACUCCAAGUUUCCGCGCUUCAAGAUCCAGCUCUGGGACAAGGACAUUGUGAGCUCGAACGACUGCCUCGCCGAAGGAGACUUGGACCUUGGCAUUCCGUUCAAGAAGGCGCUGGCGGCCAAAGGCCCGAUGCAAGUGUUUCCAGAGCCGCCCCAGUCCAAGCUGCAGAAGCUCGCGACCGCCCAAGACGACGAGGACCACGAGACGGUCCGCAUGAUCAAAGAGAAGACGGGGCUCUGGGACACGAACCCGACCGACUCGACGUGGAUCAAGAUGUACCGGUCACACCCAACGACGCGAGCAAAGGAGCCGAUGGGCAAGGUGUGCAUCAGUAUGCAGCUCGUGCCCAAGCCGCUGGCGGUCACGCAGCCCGUCGGGUACGGCCGCCACGACCCGAACAACAGCCCGUUCCUGCCACCGCCGGCCGGCCGCCUCAAGCUGAGCUGGAACCCGUACAAGGUCUUCAACCAGCUCCUUGGCCCCAAGAUCUGUCACCGCGUCAUGUGCUGCCUCUGCUGCGCCAUCUUCAUGGUGCUCAUGUACUUUCUCGGUCCCAUGAUCAAUGUGCUCAUCGUCACCUUCAAGUAAUUUUGACAAUUGAAUAAAUGAGUUUGCUCUAUCUAUCUAUCUAUCUAUC